UAUCAGACGAUUCGAUUACAGACUGCCAAUUAUAAAAAUACGCGAGGUAGGGACAUAUUUUUUCCUCUGCCAUCUUUUUAUGGAUAAACAAUGCCUAUAUAUAAGGAUGCUAACGGGUCGAUUGUAAGCUCAGAUGUUUGUAAAUGAACGUUAUAGCGUGACGAUCGUGAUAGAACGGAAUAUGGAGUCGUGUAUGGCGGCAACUUGCGCCUCGGGGCAAUCGACGCCAGCUUCCACUUUUACCAUGUUGAUACAAACGAUAAUGGCAUCCUAUUGUGCAUCAAACGUGGGCAAAUAUCCCACGGAUCGAGCCGAGGAGAUCUUCGCUUCGACGAGGAAGGAGUUCGAUUUUAUAAUUGUCGGAUCCGGAUCGGCGGGAUCUAUUCUCGCCAGCAGGUUAACGGAAGUGAACGAUUGGGAUGUGCUGUUGAUCGAAAGAGGGGAGGAUCCUUUACCGGAAACCUCUUCACCUGCCCUUUUCUUCGAUAACAUAGACGGACCGCAGAAUUAUCAUUACUUGACCGAAUACCAAAACACUUCCUGCCUGGGCACCGUCCACCAACGGUGCAAAUGGGCGAGCGGCAAGGCUCUUGGCGGAAGUUCGGUGACCAACGGCAUGUUAUACGUGAUCGGCAACGAGAAAGACUACAACGAUUGGGAAGAGUCGGGCAACGACGGAUGGGGGUUCGCGAGCGUGCUCCCCUACUUCGCCAAGUCGACCAAUUGCUCGGCCUCCUACGUAUCGAGAUACGGUACCAAGUAUUGCGGGGACAACGGCCCCGUGAGAAUCGGGCACUUCGAGGCCGCCUCGCCGGGCGUGCAGAAAAUCCUGAUGGACGGUGUGCGGGAGGCAGGCCACGAUGUCCUCGAGGUGGUGAACGGUGACCGUUUCGUCGGUUUCGGGAGGGCGAUGGGCACCGUGCACGACGGUCGGCGUGAAAACGCAGCGAUGGCGUUUCUCUCCCCCGCCAAGGGGAGGAAGAACCUGAGCGUGAUGAAAUCGAGCGCGGUCGAGAAAGUGUUGUUCGAGGAAGGACGAGCGAUCGGCGUUCGGGUGAGAUCGGAGCAGAAGGGUUUCGUGGCGGAGGUGAGGGCGAGGAAGGAGGUGAUCCUUUCCGCGGGGAGCAUCGCCACUCCCCAAUUAUUGAUGCUCUCGGGAAUCGGGCCCAGGGAACACCUGGAGAAGAUGGGUAUACCGGUCGUGGCCGAUCGACCGGUCGGCAAGAAUCUUCAGGACCACCUCGCGUGGACGGGGAUGUACAUUACUUACGCGAACGAGUCGUCGAUCUCGUCUCCUUCUUUAAACCGAUCGUUGAGCUCGAUUUACGAGUACAUGAUGGAGAAUAGAGGACCGUUGCGCGCUUACAGAACCGAUUUUCUCGGCACGGUGAACGUGAACGAUCCGAAUUCCUCGUAUCCGGACGUUCAAUUUUUGUUCGUCCCGUUCGAGCGUCACGAGAGGGUUCAGUUGUCGGUUUUCCUGGAGACGAUCGGUUUGAGGGAAGAGAUCGGGGGAAAGUUGGUAGAGGAGAUCGAGAGGACGAGCGUGAUCGUGGUUCUCUCCAUCUUGCUGAAGCCGAGGAGUCGAGGAAUGGUCGAGUUGCGAAGCACAGACCCGACCGAUCCUGUGAAGAUAUACGCGAAUUACCUGGUCGAGGCGGAGGAUACGAGGACGUUGGUGAAAAGCGUGGACAAGAUGAAGGAGAUUUUGGAUACGGACGCGUUGACGGGGAACGGGAUGCGAUUCAAUCGGUUGGACGUUCCCGGAUGUCGACGUUUCGAGCCGGACACGGAGCAAUAUUGGGAAUGCAGCGUGAGACACGUGUCCGUCUCUUAUUAUCACUCGUGUGGGACGAGCAGGAUGGGGCCGGGCAACGACACCAGGGCCGUGGUCGAUCCGAGGCUGAGGGUGCACGGCGUCGACGGUUUGCGGGUGAUCGAUGGAUCGAUCAUCCCGGAAAUCCCUGCCGCCAAUCCUAACGCGGCGACCAUGAUGAUCGCGGAGAAGGGGGCGGAUAUGGUUAAACGGGAUUGGGGCGUGAAGGCGCGUUGAUUGAACGCGCUUUCUUUCGAUUAUAUAUAUAUGCGUGUAACGAGAUAAAUGUAUAAGUAAAAUAUUGGACGAUUAAUUAAUGUAGUUGGUUAUGGAGAUUUGUCGGAUUAAAGUAUUUGGCAAUUGGAAA